AUGGUUAAUUAUUAUUAUUAUUAUUACACAACAGCUGCCAGCUUCUGCUCUGCUGGUUUAUUAUUAUUAUUAUUAUUACACAACAGCUGCCAGCUUCUGCUCUGCUGGUUUAUUAUUAUUAUUAUUACACAGCAGCUGCCAGCUGCACUCAGCAUCACGGGACUAUUGGACUUCAUCGAUCAUCUUUUCACUCAACUUUUCUUUGUGUUCAUGUUUAUUUGCCAAGUUAGUUUAUUUGCCAAGAGGAUCUAAGUUAGUUGAUCUGCCAAGAAGAUCUGCGUGUGUGCAGCAGUGACCAGAAAAUCUGGCACUGAUGGCAGUGAUGGCGAACGAGAGCUGGCCUUCAUACGUUCCACAUUAUCUCCUCCGUGGUGAUCCUUUCGCUUCCAGACUGUCGAAGGAGGCGGACCUUGUUGCAGCGUUGUACAUCUGCAUCAUAGGUAUCAUGUCUGCCACAGGGAACGGCUAUGUUUUAUAUAUGACCUUCAAGCGCAAAACCAAACUGAAGCCUCCGGAGCUCAUGACUGUCAACUUGGCCAUCUUCGACUUUGGCAUAUCAGUGACAGGAAAGCCCUUUUUUAUUGUUUCUAGUUUUUCCCAUCGCUGGUUGUUUGGUUGGGAGGGCUGUCAGUUCUACGGCUGGGCAGGCUUCUUCUUUGGAUGUGGGAGCCUCACCACCAUGACCAUGGUCAGCUUGGACAGGUACCUCAAGAUCUGCCAUCUCAGAUACGGGACGUGGUUGAAGCGGCAUCAUGCCUUCUUGUGCUUGACCUUUGUGUGGAUGUAUGCAGCCUUCUGGGCCACCAUGCCCCUGGUCGGUUGGGGAAACUACGCCCCGGAACCUUUCGGGACCUCCUGCACUCUGGACUGGUGGCUGGCACAAGCGUCUGUGUCCGGCCAGACCUUUGUCAUGGCCAUCCUCUUCUUCUGCCUGGUACUACCUACUGGCAUCAUAGUCUUUUCCUACGUGAUGAUCAUAUUUAAAGUCAAGUCUUCUGCGAAAGAGAUCUCAAACUUUGACGCCCGAAUCAAUAACAGCCAAAACCUGGAGAUGAAACUCACCAAGGUGGCAAUGCUGAUCUGUGCAGGCUUCUUGAUAGCCUGGAUCCCGUAUGCGGUCGUGUCCGUGGUGUCGGCGUUUGGGGAGCCAGACUCUGUGCCCAUCCCUGUUUCUGUUAUUCCUACCCUGCUCGCCAAAUCCUCCGCAAUGUACAACCCAAUCAUCUACCAGGUGGUUGACCUGAAGAACUCUUGCUCGUCCUCCUGUUUGAAGGUCCUGGGUAAGCGCAGGCACUUUCGAAAGUCCAGGUUGUACACCAUCUCUGGCUCCUUGAAGGAGCGUGCAGCAGCCAAAGAAAAUCACACUGAGAUGUGAGACAAGACUUCACUCGCCAAUCACUCGCUGCCUCAUCAUCUUCACUCCUGCUUCCUGCCUUCUUCUCCCUCUCUCAAACAACAACAACACCCGCACAAGUCAUGUCAUGUUUAAUACACACGCUGUCACACAACACAACGUUGCAGGUGUGAUGAUAAGUUGUUGUUCCUUAAAGGGGAACUGCACUGUUGCCUGUCACUCACAAUCACUAUGGGACUUUUUUGCUUUCCCCAUUCUAGCAUGUAAACAUUAGCUCCUAGCAAUGCAGCUAAUGUUAGCAAUCAAUUCUACCUGUAAAUCACUUUAUAAAUGCAUCCAAAAACAGUAAACAAUACUUAAUUUACAUUGUGUUUAUUUGGGUAAGCACUCCAUUUAUGUCGGAAUAGCUUGGCUUCAAAUUCCACUUUCACCUCACUCUUUCGGUUUCCGUCCGCUUCAACGUCUCACUCUUCUUUCGUGCUCGCUUCGAGAAGCAAUAGUUCAUCCUCCGUAUAUUCAGCUUCAAAAAGAUACAGGUGUCAAUUCUCAUUUGUCUGUUACCAAGUCUGCCAUGAUUACAUCACACUCGCGUUUCUUUCCGGAAGUAAGAACGCACAUUUGUUGUUGCCAGAAGUCGGAAACGGAGAUGAAUGCGCCAAGGAAUGAUUCAAAUGACCAAAAUACGGUAAAUAUACAUAUUGUUAUGAAGGUGUCUGUUAGUACAUUAUAUAUAUAUACUUGCAGUGUGUAUAUUGUACAUAUUACAUAUUGUUAUGAAGGUGUCUGUUACUACAUUAUAUAUAUAUACUUGCAGUGUGUAUAUUGUACAUAUUACAUAUUGUUAUGAAGGUGUCUGUUACUACAUUAUAUAUAUACUUGCAGUGUGUAAAUUGUACAUAUUACAUAUUGUUAUGAAGGUGUCUGUUACUACAUUAUAUAUAUACUUGCAGUGUGUAUAUUGUACAUAUUACACAUUGUUAUGAAGGUGUCUGUUACUACAUUAUAUAUAUAUAUAUACUUGCAGUGUGUAUAUUGUACAUAUUACAUAUUGUUAUGAAGGUGUCUGUUACUACAUUAUAUAUAUACUUGCAGUGUGUAUAUUGUACAUAUUACAUAUUGUU